AUGAACCCCUCGUUGGAGAACCACUCUCUCGCGCAACGCGACGCGAUAGGCGACCAAAACGACCAGGGCGCACACAUACCCGCUGUGGACCCGCUGUUCUCCACCAUCGAUCCGAGGUUGCUCGCCAUUGAUCCCAUGAGGUCGUCGUCGGCCGCCGUCGAUCCGGCGUUGGCUUCCAGGCCACAGCAAGAAGUAGGAUCUUUGCGGCUGUAUGUGCAGACAUCCGAGGGGCUGCAAGGUUCAGGCCCGCCCUGCGAUCAGCAGCAGGGUCUUUUACGCGUCGUUCAGCUCAAACGACGCGUCUAA